AUGUUUUUAGACAGCGUGCAGUCUACAAAUUGCGUAAAUUUACUCUGGGAAUGCUUUAAAUUAGGAAAUUCACUGUGUCAUCUCUUCAACCAGCUUGGGCUCGAGCAGCAGCUGGAAGUAUCAGAUAACUACGAUAUAAAUAAACAAUCAAUUUGCAAGAAAGGCGUGGCUAGAUUUAUUAUAAGCUGCAAAUUACUCGGUGAUACUUCAACAGGAUGGACGAGCGAUGACCUCUUUACAGUCACAGAUCUUUAUAAACAAGAUACAAGUGGUUUCAUACGCGUAUUACACACUGUGAACUUAGUGGUAAAUGAAGUCGAUAAACGUGGCAAGUUGAUGGAAGUCACUCCAACUGAAACUGAUGAUGCACCGAUACUCGAAUCUACAAAUCAAUCUAGAGUUAAGAUUACUCAAGAAUUGAUCGAAUCUGAGAGGAAGUUCAUUAUGGAUAUGGAAUUAUUACAAUCAUUCUCAAAUGAAAUUAGAAAUUCAAACAUAUUCUCACAUGACACUCAUCACUCUAUCUUCACCAACCUCAAUGCACUCGUUGACUUUCAAAGAAGAGUUCAAAUUAGCCUUGAAGAAGCAUUUGAAGUUGAUCAGUCUGGCGGUAUCGGUCUCUGGGGCAAAGCGUUUACCGAUCAUGAACAAGAUUGGCUUGUCUAUGCUCCAUUCGUUAUUAACUACAACCACGCUAACAAUAUCGUCCUCGAACAAGCUGAUGCUAUUCAGAAUGGCACCCCUUCAGGUCUAUCUCACUACGAAGUUCAGGCCUUGCUCAUCAAGCCUACUCAGCGUGUCUGUAAAUACCAUAUGUUCCUCGACGAAAUAAGAAGGAAGACAGACGAGGAAUCCGUCUCACACUCUGACCUUUCAAGUGGCUACAACGCUAUGAAGAGAGUAACAGGUGAAAUUAACGAGCUUCAAAGACAGAGGGAGAACAUCGAAAAGUGUCAAGUUCUUAUUGAAAGAGUUGAGGAUUGGAAGGGUCACAAUAUAAGUUCUUUUGGUAACCUGCUAAUUGAGGAUAUGUUCAAUGUCAACAAAAACCACGUCGAUAGAGAAUAUCACGUUUUCCUAUUUGAUAAGAUUCUCCUCUGUUGUAAAGAGGUUCACGACAACAAGAGUCACAGUGGUAGUGAUAGGGGCAAGGAGAGGAAAUCUUCUAAAUCAAACAGUUUGCUCAAGAGAAAAGAUAGCACUACCACUCAAUUUGAUCCCCUUCGUCGCAACAUUCCCUUGCAGUUGAAGGGUAGAAUCUAUCUAAACAAUGUCACCCACGUCAUUCCAUACUUUAGAGACAUACAACCUGGCUCUCACAAUUUGGAGGUUUGGUGGAAAGGCGAUGAUGAUUUGGAGUCAUUCACUUUGAGAUGUAGAACAAGUGAGCAAAUGGAACUCUGGAAGGCUGCAUUAGAGAAGCAAUUGAACCAGGUUAACCUCAGAAGGCAAGCUAUGGAGGAGGCUAUCGCAAGAGGAGAGAUAGCACCUUCAGCUAGAAAGCAAUCGACUUCAUCAUCAAAUUCGCAUGGCUCACAUCCCUACUCUGCUUCCUCGAGGAGACCAUCCGGUCAGCAAACCUCUCAAUGGCCGCAAACUCCUGUUGUUGACACUGGCCUAAUCUCACCAAUGAGCGCUGUCAGUUUGGAGGAUAAAAUACCAUCUCCAGUGUAUCCAACCAGCGCCAGGCAACAGAGGGCUAAGACUGAGGACUCUAAUGCGCACUCAUUCCAGCAAUGGAAGCAACAGCAACAAUUUCCACCAAGGUCUGUAUCUCAGCAGGGAUUGAAUAUAUCACCAGGAGCUGAACGUGCACUCAGGAGCCAGUCGUCAAAGUCAGCUUUGCGACAGACACCCGCUGGAGCACCGCCAGUGCCAUCAGUUAGUGCUGCGAUGGCGAAGGCAGGCAGCAUGACAUCGACUAGUCAACCAGCCCAGCUCAGUCCAACAUCUACAUCUACAUCUACAAAUACAAGAAACAGAUCACUAUCGUCACCGCAUACGUACGAGAAGAAGAAUCCGUUCGAUGAGCAGGCUGUCUCGUCUAAUAGCUCGUUUGUCGGUUUGACGAACGCUCAUCAACAGAUGCAGACUCAGACGCAGACGCAGAAGCAGAUGCAAAACGAAGACGACCUUGUGGAUGACAGCAAAGUUAGCUUAGGGGCUGGUAGCUAUUCUGAAGCACCAACACAAAGAUCUUGGGUAUCUAAGAGAUUCUCGGAGAGUUCAACCAUGACCAAUAGCUCACAGGAGUCUCUACCUAGUAAGAAAAAGGUGGCACCGAUAUCGACCUCUACCAACUCAACACCUUCCUCUGUGGCUAGCUCACCAAACAAUAACAACCCACCCACGCCAACCAACUUCUCGAAUAGUGGUUUCUUGGGAGAUAAAAUGAAGGUCAAAGUUAGAUAUAAUGAGGAUCUUUUCGUUCUCAAUCUCCCGCCUUCAAUUGAUCACUCCUCGCUAGUUACACAGAUCGCUAGAAAGGUUAGGUUGUGCACUGGUGGUGUCAGAUCACACCUUCCAUACACUGAGAAUCUCUUGGGCGGAAAUGAUACAGAUGAAAGUGUAAUCAAUUUUAAACUCAAGUGGAUCGAUGAAGAGGGUGACCAAAUUCUCGUUCUUGGUGAUGAAGACGUCGGGAUGGCGAUGGAUUGGGCUAGAAAUCAAGGUGGGGGAGCAGUUGAACUAAUAGUUACAUAA